AUGGCUGACCUGGACGCUGAGCUGCUCGCCCUGGCGGGAGGCGAUGAUUCUUCCGACGAGGAAUCUCCCGCCAUCUCGCAGCAGAAGGACAAAGAUAAAGAGCGCCAGGCCUCUCCUGGCAGCUCAUCUUCCAACGACCAAGACGACGACGCGGACAACAUGGGUCGCAAGGGGGUAGCCCGGCCGGUCAAGCGCCAACGCAAGAGAGCCAGAGCAUAUGACGAUGAAGAGGAAGAGGGCGAGCUAUCCUCUUCAAGCGUUCACUCUCGCCGCUCCCUUCGAUCAGCAUCCAUGUCCGAAUCAGAGUCAGAUACCUCUCCUCCUCCCGAAGAGAACCAGGGCCCCAUCUUCCCUUAUGAGAAGCUAUUCUACUCCGCCAAAGACAAGAGUGAAAUCAUGGCCCUGCCUGAAAUCCAGAGAGAGGAACUGCUAUCAGAACGAGCUCAGCAGGUCGACCGCCAUAACCAGGACAUUGCCCUCCGUCGUUUGCUAGCCAACAGAGAGCGAGAGGAAGCCCGUGCCGCGGCCAAGAAGAAACGCAAGGCCGGUUCAGCUGAUUUGGAGGACAGCCAGCGCAAGAGCUCACGCAAGAAGACGGUUCUCGGCGGACGCAAAGUGGGUGAGCCCUCAGAUGCGAUUGAAGCAUACAAGCGUCAAAGAGAGCAAAAGGGGAAGCGAGAUGAGCAGCGUCGGCGUGAUGCUUCUUCACGAAAGAAUAACAACGCCAGCAGCUCUCCUGCUCGAGAGGCAGAUGAUCGAGACGCCAGUGGUGAAAGUGAGGUCGAGUGGGAUGAUAAACCCCAACGCAGGAGUGUCUCACCCCCGCGUUACGAUCCCCCAGCUGAACUGCGGGAGUUACAGCGUGCCAGAAUUGCACGCAGCAACUUUGCCCAGGUCUGUUUCUAUCCUGGCUUCGAUCAGGCUAUCAGCAACUGCUACACCAGAGUCAGCUUGGGACCAAACCCGUCAACCGGAAAACCGGAGUACAGAAUUGGUCUGAUCAAGAAAUUCACCGAAGGACGCCCGUAUGCUAUCGAGGGGCCAAAUGGACGCAACUUUGUCACCACUCAGUACUGCCUUCUGGCUCAUGGCAAAGCUGAAAAGGAGUUCCCCUUUAUCGCCUGUUCCGAAUCCCCCUUCACUGAGGCUGAGUUUAACCGCUAUCGGAAAACCAUGGCAGUGGAUGGCCUCAAGAUGCCCACAAAGUCCGCUGUCGACAAGAAAGUAGCAGACAUCAACCGCUUGCUGGCGCACGACUUCACUAAAGAGGAGCUCGAGGAGAAGCUUCGUCGCCAGGGCACAAACGACAACAAACAGCUCAUCUACAACCGCAUCCAGCUUGAGCGUCGCCGCAACGAGGCCAUUGCUAACAAGGAUGAGGCAGCCAUCGCAGAGUGCGAUGCUGAGCUCGCCCGCCUGACUGGCCCCAAGCUCGCCUUUGGCACCACACUGGUCAAGCCACGCCCUAACGAGAAGACGCAGCAAGAACGUCUCGCCGAGCUGAACAUGCGCAACCAGAAGCUCAACACCGAGAAUGUGCGCAAGGCCCAGCUGGCCGAGCGUAAGGCAGCAAAACUAGCCGCCGCAGCCGUCGCCCGAGGAGAGGCCGUCGCCGACCGCUUUGCACGUGUCAAGACCAGAGCGAGGACGUACUACGAGUCCACGGAUGGUCAUCUCGUCCCCGUCAAGCCCGAGGCCGCCAUUGCUGAUCGCAGCCGCGCCAUCACCCCGACCACCGCCAGUAACAACACCGAUGCCACCAAUACGCCUGCCAACGGAACCACACCCCGCAGCGUUACUCCGUCCAAGCCAGCCACUCCAAAGGUCUACAAGGGCGUCCCUGUCAUUCGUCACCGGCCGACAGACGAGGACAACAUCGCUGCCCUGGACUUGGACAUCGACAUCGAGAUCUAA